AACAAGACUCUUCGGAUCCUCACAAAGCUAACUGUUCCUCAGGCCUCAUCACCACCCGCCGUCCCGUCCUUGUCUUUCUACAAUCUACCGCACUUCAUGCUGGAGAUAUGCGAAACUGAUUUUGGAGUUGUUCCAACGGCUGUUCUUUCUCGCAGUGAACAGGAGCUGAUGCUGUAUUAAUUUCCAAUGUUCGACCUCACGAAUCUGGCGCAACCCUUAGGGCAAUGAGCUAUUGAUGGUCUCAGUGCGCGAAAUGAAUCUUUCGUAUCGAAGCUGACUCGAAUUGUAGAGAGACACAAGUGCCAAGCCGGAUCUUGCCUUCGCGUACUGGUUCACAUCGUCUAUCGCCAACUCUCAAUUCCCUGUGACAUCAUCCACGAAAUCCAACGAAUGACGCUACACGAAAGGUUGGGAUGGUUCGCAGCGCAAACAUUUCAGCUCUGGGCAUACAACAUUCCGAAAGCGCUGAUAGGACUCGCUUAGCUGCUUCUGCAGCCUGCAAUGCAUACUUGAUGCUUACCAUCGCUUACCAUCGCUUACUCACACCCAGUGAUUUGGACCUGAACAACAAAAUAUGCGGGGAAAGCAUAUUCACGCAAGCUUCGAGGGAAAACUUCAGGUAUAAAAAGCGGGUGGUUUAUGUUCCGCACUGGACAACAAGCAGAGAAGUUCGAGGCACUAUACUGGACAAUAACUCAGCUUACAGUCUUUUCGGGCCUUCUCAGCGUCCCAAAUUCAUAUCGACCUCAUUUAGUCAAAAUGACCGUGACUUCCACGGAUAAUCUGGCCAUCCCGCAAGGCGCACGUGUUCUGGUAUCCGGAGCAAAUGGCUUCAUUGCUAGCCAUGUCGUCAAGCAGUUGCUGAGGAACGGGUACAAGGUUCGUGGUACGGUUCGAAAUCUCAAAAGCUCAUCUUGGCUUAUUGCCUUAUUUGAAUCACAAUACGGAAAAGGUUUUGUUGAGCUUGUCGAAGUCCCCGAUAUGGCAGCAAAAGGUGCCUUCGACGAGGCUGUCAGGGGUGUCUCCGGAUUCAUUCACACAGCGACUCCCGUUAUGCAGAUUCAAGAUCCUAAUAUUGCUGUCCCGACUGUUGUCGAAGGUACAAAGAACGCGCUACAAUCAGCGGUCAAAGCUGGGAUCAAGAGAUUUGUGCUCACUUCGUCAUCCACCGCUGCCUCUAGUCCGAUCCCCAACAAAGUCUUCACGAUGGACGAGAAAACCUGGAAUGAGGUAGCAGUGAAGAAUGCCUGGGCACCUCCGCCUUACGAUGGGGUGCAGCGCAGACUGGAUGUCUAUUAG